AUGAAGUCCAAUAUUGUAAAAUUACUACUCGUCACUUUCUGUGUCAGUGGAGUUGUCGAUGUGGAGGCACAGAGUUGUGAACCAGUUGUUGCCUCGAAUGAAGUGCAAAGUGUUGUAGUGAAAGGCGGUGUCUCCGGUUGCCAGUACCGUGUGUCGUCGGACACCGGUAAAGCGGUGAAGGUCUAUGUUAACGCUACCAGUGGAACCAAAUGCGUGAUUGUCACGAGCGGAGGGACUUCAGACAAGCUGUGCCCGUCAAGUGCAUACAAUCAGUUGAUAUCUCAAGAAUCGAUUGAAUUGAGCGCGGAGUCCGGGACCACAACUACACAGGCAGCGGUAACAGAACCAAGUACAGCAGAAACGACUCCUAAAGAUGAAUCAGGAAGUGAUGAGGAAAAACCAAAACCAGGUGAAUCCGGUGAUAAAGGUAAAGAUGGAGAGCCAGAAGCAGCUGAGAAUCAAAAUCCAGACAAAAACGAGAAAGCAGAUCCGGAAGCACCAGGAAAGAAGGUACCAGGGGAUCCAAACGGAGCGCCGGAAAACGAAUCACCCGAAAGUCCCCAAAAACAAGCACCGGACCCAAAAGUACAACAACAGAAUGUGCCAGGUGCUAGUCCACUACUUCGAAGUGCAAGGGACACCUCCAGCAUCGAUGUUACCGUAUACUACGUAUUGGAAUACACCUGUCGCACUUUGGAUAAUAUUGCAGUACAAGCGUUACGUAUGAUGAAGAACUCUAAUGAAUAG